AUGGUUUCGCGUCGCAACAGAACCUUGGUGUCCUUGGCGAUAUUUGUUGCAGUGUUGGCGUGGAAUGUGGCUGCUGCAGCUGUCAAGGGCGAGACGGGAGUGUCAGUGGAGGACUUGACUACCCAUCAAAUAGAGGAGCAAUUACAGGAAUGUCCUCUGGUGCAAGCUCUCAAUCAGCACAAGGUAGCCUCGAGUCCGACAACAUCGUCUGUCGCCUCCCAAAUCUUCGCUUUCCUCUUCCCCGGCAGUCCUGCAGUCAAUUCCUUGUUGGCGACGCUCUACAUAUCCGGCCCACCAAACUUCCUCCUCGCACUAUGCCCGCCCAACAUCGACCCGUCCUCGCUGUCUGUCAUGGUAGCAUUCGCUGUCGGGGGUCUGCUAGGUGACACGCUUUUCCAUCUGCUACCAGAGAUCUUCUUGGGCGAGGACGAACACGAUUCGGUCAAAUUUGUUAUGGUGGAGCCCAACAAGAAUCUAUUGCUAGGCGUGGCCAUCAUGGUGGGCUUUGUCACGUUUGUGGCCAUGGACAAGGGGUUGCGCAUUGCGACUGGAGGCCAAGGCGGCCACGAUCACUCCCAUGGACAUUCGCACGAGAAGGUCGAAGCAACUGCGAAGGCGACAGGCAUCGGCACAAAGGACUCGAAAGAUACGCUUCGCGCCAGGAAGUCUGGUGCAAACGCUACAUCGGCCACCGCAGACGCACCAACCGAGAAGGAGAUCAACGCCAGCGUUAAACUUGGUGGCUACCUCAACCUUAUCGCCGACUUCACUCACAACAUCACCGACGGGCUCGCGCUCAGUUCUUCCUUUUACGCCUCACCCACAAUCGGAGCUACAACUACUGUGGCUGUGUUCUUUCACGAAAUCCCUCACGAGGUGGGCGAUUUUGCUCUCCUAAUACAGUCGGGCUUUAGUAAGCGCGCAGCUAUGGGCGCGCAAUUUGUCACAGCUGUCGGCGCUUUUCUAGGCACAUGCAUUGGCAUCGCUAUCCAAGAAUUCGGCGGAAACUCCGCGUCAGCCGGCGCCCACGGCCCUGGAAUUAUGGGUACCAGUCUGCAAUGGGGUGACAUGUUGCUCCCAUUCACCGCUGGCACGUUUCUGUAUGUCGGAACAGUUGCUGUCAUACCAGAACUACUUGAGACCGGCCCGAACAAGGGUCAAGAACUGAGAAAGACCCUGAUGCAGUUCAGCGCCAUGUUCACUGGUGCCGGCAUCAUGUUUAUCUCAUGGCACUGA